GUUAUUAGUGAUGAAUAAGUGGUGUAAAGUUAGACAUUGUUUUGGUCUAACAUUUGGUUCAAAGUAUUCAUUUUGAAGACAUUUUGUUAGUCUAAUCAUUGAAGUAAUCAAUGGAUCAGAUGUUUGAUUGAUUGGUAACAAUGCGUUACUACGAGACUUCACAUACAUUCAGAUACAACUGGGAACAGGUGUCCAAAGCUUUCUGGUGUCGAUAUCCUAACCCUUUCAGUUCUCAUGUAUUGACUGAAGAUGUAGUCCAACGAAAGGUUGAUGAAAGCGGCAAACUAUUGACCAAAAGACUAAUAAGUAAAACCAAUUCAGCGCCCAAAUGGACGGAAAGAUUCUUGUCCUCCAAAUUGGUGUUCAUUAUUGAAGAGUCCAUUUUGGACCCCAAAUGCAAAACACUGACCACUUAUACACGUAAUAUAGGACUCAAACAUUUGAUGACUCUCGAGGAAAAGGUUACCUAUAAAAGUAGUGAUGACGACAAAGAGUGGACAGUUGCUGAACGUAAGGCUUGGAUUGACUCAAAUGUUUUCGGUUUGUCCGCUGCGGUCCAAAGGUUUGGUUUGGAGAGAUUCAAGAAAAAUGUAUCGAAAACAUGUCAGGGAUUUAACUUCGUUUUGAACACUUUGUACGGCAAUCUCAAUGCCGACCAAUUAGUUCCCACUUUUGACAAUAGAUUAAACCAAAUCCAUCCGCUUCUCAAAGAAAAACUAAAAGAAAAAGCACUCAAAGCACAUGAGUUCGCUGCUGUGGCCAAGUCUAAGGCUGUUCCCAUUGUUGCUGCGGUUAAUGAAAUGGCCAAUAAUGGCAAUCGUCAAGAGUCUUAAACAAUGUUUGGUUUUGUUUUGUUAUGAAAUUCUUUAUAAAUUGAUAUAAUUAGAGCUCAAAUUUGAUUGAAGAGUUGAAUCACUUAUUUUGAAUUUUAAAAAGAGGAGUGUUUUCAUUGAAUUGUUUUAAUAUUAAUAACUUUGAAGAUUGUAUUUCAAACACCAAUCUUAAUGUAUAUACU